AUGUCUGGACGUGGAAAAGGAGGAAAAGCCAAGACCGGAGGCAAGGCCAAGUCCCGCUCAUCCCGAGCAGGACUUCAGUUCCCUGUCGGUCGCCUGCACCGCAUGCUCCGCAAGGGAAACUACGCUGGAAGAAUUGGAGGAGGGGCCCCCGUCUACCUGGCUGCUGUGCUCGAAUACCUCGCUGCUGAGGUACUCGAGUUGGCCGGGAACGCUGCUCGUGACAACAAGAAGACCAGGAUCAACCCUCGCCAUCUCCAACUAGCUGUCCGCAACGACGAGGAGCUGAACAAGCUGCUCUCCGGUGUAACCAUCGCCCAAGGAGGAGUCCUGCCCAAUAUCCAGGCUGUUCUUCUGCCUAAGAAGAGUGCCGGUGACAAGGAAUAA